AAUGCAGAUCCUUUUGGAAUAGAUCAACAGGGUUUGGUGAACAAUAAUUUUCCAAUGCUUCGAUAAUAGCUGGCCUUCUCUUCCAGAUCCUCGUAGUGAGUCGGGAGCAGAGAAAUAAAGCACUGGAAGGAAGGUGGUGUAGAACCGCGUGAAUCGGCUGUGGGAGAUGGGAAAGUCAAGCAAUAAAGUUCAGGAUGCACAGGAGAACACUAGUUUUGUGAUUGCUCCGUCAUCAACAACCCCGAAAUUGGCCACAUCCGACUGGCCUCUCCUGUUGAAGAACUUCGACACUCUCAAUGUACGUACGGGACACUACACACCCCUGACAUCGGGCUGCUCGCCAUUGCAGAGACCCAUCGGCGAAUAUGUCAAAUCUGGCUUCAUCAACCUUGACAAGCCAGCAAACCCAUCUUCUCACGAAGUCGUGGCAUGGAUCAAGCGUAUCCUGCGUGUAGAGAAGACUGGCCACAGUGGCACACUCGACCCAAAGGUCACGGGCUGCUUGAUUGUUUGCAUUGACCGUGCCACUCGCCUAGUAAAAUCCCAGCAGGGUGCUGGAAAGGAGUAUGUGUGCGUUGUACGUCUACACAGUGCAGUGGAGGAUAACACUCAGCUUGCACGGACAAUUGAGCAGUUGACCGGUGCACUCUUCCAGCGACCACCUCUAAUUUCUGCUGUCAAGCGUCAGCUGCGAGUACGAACUAUCUACGAGAGCAAACUGUUUGAGUUUGACCAGGACAGACAUCUAGGUGUAUUCUGGGUUAGCUGUGAGGCUGGCACGUACAUUCGAACACUGUGCGUGCACAUUGGUCUGCUGAUGGGUGUUGGCGCUCAUAUGCAGGAGCUGCGUCGUGUCCGAUCCGGUAUUCAGAAUGAAAACGAGGGUCUGGUCACCAUGCACGACGUUCUUGAUGCCCAGUGGUCACUUGACAACUGCAAAGAUGAGACGUACAUGCGCCGCGUGGUCAAGCCCCUGGAGGCACUGCUGACGGGACACAAGAGACUCGUAGUCAAGGACAGUGCUGUGAAUGCUAUCUGCUAUGGUGCAAAGUUGAUGAUCCCCGGUCUGCUGCGUUACGAGUCCGGCAUUGAGCUCAACCAGGAGAUUGUCAUCAUGUCCACUAAAGGCGAGGCAGUCGCGCUCGGCAUUGCACUCAUGACGACUGCUGUCAUGGCAACUGUAGACCACGGCACAGUGGCUAAGAUCAAGCGUGUGAUCAUGGAGCGUGAUGUGUACCCGCGCAAGUGGAGUCUCGGGCCACAUGCCGUUGCUAAGAAGCAGCUCAUUGCCGAGGGCAAGCUCACCAAGCAUGGCAAGCCCAAUGAGAAGACGCCCAAGGACUGGUCCGCCACGUAUGCUGACCACAGUGGCACUCCUUCCAAGAAGGUGAAGGCCGAAGAGGAUAUGGACGUACCCACACCCGGAACUCCCGUCACUCCAGCUCUGGCCAAGAGAAAGCACACGCCUGCAGAUUCCUCCUCGGCCGAGGAAGAAAGUGCAGAGGAAACACCUAAAGUGAAGAAGGACAAGAAAGAAAAGAAAGCGAAGAAGGACAAGAAGGAAAAGAAGGAGAAAAAGGAGAAAAAGAAGAAGGUCAAGGAAGAGUCCAGUGAUGCUGAUUCCGAUGCUGCACCAGCAAAGAAGAAGAAGAAAUCUCAUUAGGGAACCUGGUGGAAGUGCCCAGUGGAACUGCGAAUCCAUGCGUUUUUCUUCUAAUUCCGUCAAGAGUUCUGACGAAUUCCAUCGAGUUGUUGGCCAAUGUAACAUGAGCCCAGCUCUGUACAUGUUGUCGUGUACAUGUUCUAACUUGUUUUUCGAUUUUGACAGCAUGUUACAAGGCGAGGACGCGUAGUGCUCCUGACUACAACCAUAACCUGGUUGGCAGCCUUGUAACAUGCUGUCAAAAUCGAGAAAAAAACAUGUUAAACUACCAAGCAAGGCUUCUGUGCAUGUUCUAACUUCUAAUGCUGGCAGCAUUCAGGUUUGAUGCCAGGGAACCGUUGUCCUUCAGUGCACAAUCUCUUUUUGUCCUGUGUUGUAUUUUGACUUGCGGGACGUUUUUCCUCUUCGAGGCAUGAAUGGUCUAGUGCACGUUGGUGUCACGCCUCCAAUCUUGAGAUACACAUCUUACGGAUUAUGCUAAUGCCGUACCACAUCGAUGAGCUGUUGCAGUGUAUAGCGUGUAUGAGGCAUUCUUUUCUUGACUCGUGCGUGUCAUAACAAUGGUAUACACCCCCUGUCCACCAGGGAGUUGUAAAAUGUCA